CGACAACAACACCGCGCGCACUUGCAAUGGACGCCUGCCGCCAAAUUGCACGGCUCCGCGAGGACUGGGUGCGGCAAUGCGAAGGACACCUGAGUGCCGUGAUGCGGACCCUGCCGAGGGCAAUGCCGAAAGACGAGCAAGACGAGUUCGCGAUGACCCAGUUCUUGUUUGCAGACAUACAAGUGUCUUGUACACCGUCACUCCCUCCAGACCUACACAACAUGCACCGCGUCGUGCUUCAAGGCCGGUACUUUUUGCAGAUUGUGGAUGCAUCAAACAUUGCCGCGGGGCACGAGCAGCGGCAAGAAGACACUUCGAACCGCAUGCUCAAGCUGUGUUUGACCGACGGGGCGUCAUUAGCUUAUGCGAUCGAGUACCUCGUCGCCUAUGUCCAACGUUGACCGAGUCAUGUAGACACAAGCCGCUUCGUCAAUUGAGCGCCAAGACGCCGCGCGGUACAAAGAUCAUCGUCGAAAACGUCGAGGUGCGGCAUGGCCUUCUCAUGCUCACGUCUGUGGUCGUGCUCGGCGCCAGCGGCAACGACGCUUUGGAGUCCAUGGGCAGCAGCACUCUAUCCACCACCAUCCCCACAUCCUCGACUACGCAUCGUCCCGAGCAGCGCAGUACCCUACCAUCGUCGGGUUUAGCAGUAGUAGUAGCAAGAGCACCUACUGCCGGCGCUCCUGUCAUUCAACCACCGUCAGUUCCAUUGCCCAUAACCCCCGCCGCCGCACCGCCGCAAGAGCCGUGGGACGACGCGUCUCUGUCAGACGAAGAACGCGCGACCGACCCCACCGUCCGCCACCUCUUCUACGGGUCCCCAUCCAGUCCUACUAGUAGUACUACUAUUAGUACUACUAGACCCCCCACCAAACGUACUCCAGUCGUCCAUAUUGGUCGUGUCGACAGCACCAUUCCAAGCGCAGUGGGGGGCGAUCCUUCCAAGCCAUUUACGUACCUCUCGCAUACUGUCGGCCAUGUGCCAUCCACUUGGCCUACUCGACGGCGGGUGAUCAAAGGCUUUGUCAAGUCAGUUGUGUCGUUUGAGUUUCAAACUGGCGAGUACCACCUCAAAGUGUACGUGGAGGACGCCACCCGAUCCAUCUUGGUGUCCGUCGAGUCCAAGUUUGUAGAGUCCCUCAUGGGCGUGUCCUGCGCAACAUUUGUCCAAGCGAUGCAGGCGGACGUCCCGCGCGGCAUGCACUGGGUCGCCACCAUGCAGCACAAGCUGUCAGUGUUGGAAGGGCUAUUCACCAUCGAAUAUGCCCACUCUACUACUAGUAGUACUACUAGUACUAUUACUCAAGCAGCAUCCCCUGCUCGUCUGCCAACGCUUGUGACUUGCCAAGACGCUACAAGUACCACGACACGGCUGCUGCUAGCUCGAUUGACCAUGGCUUCAUCUUAA